AGAAAGUCAUGUCUGAAGGGCUGACAUGUGUUUCACAACAUUCACUGAUUUAUAUGAGAUUUAGUGCUAAAUAUGACUUAAAUAUCGCUUUAAAUCCUCUCUUCAAACCAAUUGUUCACACUUUGGGCCAAAUCGUGACACCAAGACAUCCAACCAAACCAUUCAUCCCAUCAUUUGUGUCCAUUUCAUGUGAACCACAUUCAAGACAAUACAGUAUCACAUUUGGCCAAACAUUUGAUCUUAUCAUUUGAGUCCAUCUUCAGGGUCUUUGAAUGUGUUUUGCAGAUAUCACUGAUCACUACAAGCCUUCUAAUUGAUCCCUAAUAUGAAUAACAUGUUUGUGGUGUAUAUACCUGUGAUGUGAACAUUUGACCCCAAGUUGGCAUCAAUUGUGUGAAUGAGUGAAGAAGUGUCCGUUGAUGUGAUGGAAGAGGAGUACGAAUCACUUCCGACGAGUGAUGUGCGGACACAUAUGAUCGCCGGCGCUGUGGCCGGCAUUAUGGAGCACGUGGUGAUGUAUCCGUUGGAUUCAGUCAAAACUCGGAUGCAAAGCCUGUACCCAAACCCGAAGGCGUCGUACCGAUCAGUACCGGAAGCGCUGUAUAAGAUGGUCAGACACGAGGGUCUGUUGCGUCCCAUCAAAGGUGUGUCGGCCGUGUCGGUGGGCGCCGGACCCGCACACGCCCUCUACUUCUCCUGCUAUGAGAAGAUGAAGAGAGUAUUGAGCGGAUCAGAGACCGGCGCCCAUCACCCCAUCGCUCAAGGUUUGCACCAAUCAGUCAAACAAUACAUCUGCGGCGCCGGCUGUUUGGCCACUAUAUUACACGACGCUGUGAUGAAUCCGGCGGAAGUGGUGAAGCAACGGAUGCAGGUCUUCAACAGUCCCUAUAAGAGUGCUUUGAAUUGCUUUCUCGAUGUCUACCGGAAGGAAGGAUUGCGUGCUUUCUAUCGAAGUUAUAUGACAUCCCUUUCCAUGAAUAUUCCGACACAGAGUUUGCAUUUCAUUACAUAUGAGUUUAUGCAAGAGUUGACUAAUAGUGAGAGGACUUACAGCCCAAAGGCUCAUAUGAUAUCGGGUGCCAUCGCGGGUGGGUUUGCAGCGGCCGCCACAACGCCUCUGGAUGUCUGCAAAACCCUUCUCAACACUCAGGAGAAGCAGACGUUGCGGACAUCGAAGCAGAACAGUGUGACCGGCCUCUGGAACGCCGCCUCUACUAUAUACCAGUGCUGUGGACCUAAGGGUUACUUUCAGGGACUUCAGGCCCGAGUGCUGUACUCAAUGCCUGCCACUGCUAUCUCAUGGUCUGUCUAUGAGUUGUUUAAGUAUCUGAUCACAUCAAGAGAUGGUCAGAAGUCUCACCCAAUCUCCAGUGCAACCCAUUUGCCUAACUUUGCCUCUCAUCUGAACACAUCUGAAGCUAAAUGGGAUAACAAAACAAGUGAUUCAUUGGUGCCGUCUCUCACACAUCCAAAUGUGAUCACCAGUACUCCAGACAACAGAAUCUACUCAACGAUUAAAUAGCCGUCGAUUUCUCUAUUUAUAGAUAAUUGCUUUUCAAUGAAUGAAUCAAACAAUUAUUAGACAUUCAAAACAACUCAAUUAUACGACACACAAGUUAUUAAUUAUUGA